GCGGCCGGCCGUGGUGCUGAACGGACAGCGGCGCCGGGUGCCGCCGUCCUCUUUCGCGAAACGCACGCGCUCGCACCGCGAUGGCGAUGGGCGCGCACGCCAAGAAAGGCGGCUCGAGGAACGUGGCAGUGGAACGGAAGAACCUGAUCACCGUGUGCAGGUUUUCAGUGAAGACCUUGCUGGAGAAAUAUACGGCAGAACCAAUAGACGACUCGUCAGAGGAGUUCAUCAAUUUUGCAUCCAUUCUUGAACACAUCCUCAGCCACCGCUUUAAAGGAGCAGGGAGCUGGUUCGAUGGCCAGCGCAGUUUCUGGGACUUCAUCCGCCUGGCCUGCAGUAAGGUGCAGAACAGCUGCAUCAGCAGCAUUGAGAACAUGGAGAACAUCAGCUCGUCUCGAGCAAAGGGCAGAGCUUGGAUAAGAGUUGCACUAAUGGAGAAACGUCUGUCUGAAUACAUCGCCACAGCACUGCGAGACAGCCGCACUACCAGGAGGUUCUAUGAAGAAGGGGCCAUCAUGUUAAGAGAAGAAGCCAGUGUUCUUACAGGAAUGUUAAUUGGACUUGGAGCAAUUGACUUCAGUUUCUGUUUGAAGGGAGAGGCUCUGGAUGGAAAGACGGACGCAGUCAUUGAUUAUACACCAUAUCUGAAGUUCACUCAGAGCUAUGACUACUUGAGCGAUGAUGAUGACUGCUGCAGUGUAGACAGCAGCAACAGUGACGACAGCAUUCCUGAGCAUCCCUACAUCCCACUGGUCACGGACGAAGAAAGCUGGAGUAACAAAUGUCGUAGGAUGGAGCAGAGGUUCAAGAUCGUCAACGCUCAGAAGGGCUAUCUAGAGGAGCUUGUUCGAUUGCGUGAGUCACAGUUGAAGAAUCUAGAGAUGGAAAACAAGAAACUAACCAAGAAAUUGGAAGAGAUUCAACUUCAGAGCCAUCAGGAGAAGAGAGAAUUGGAGUCUGUCGUUCUGGAGCUACAGGAGCAGCUGACAAGUCUGAUUCCAGGUGAAGCUCAUCCUUUGUCUAAGGAUAUGUCUAUUCCUCUUGUAAACCAGUGGCCAUCACUUCACACCUACAAUAACCAGGAAGAAAGCCAGCUCUAUUGCAGUCACAGUGGAAGCUUCCAGAGUCCCGAGCUUCUCUCAGCACACAUAAGCUUGGACUCAGAUUCUCAGAAGGCAGAGGGAAAGCCAAAUGGCCAGCCUUGGUGCAGAACAGGUAAAGACUAUACACCAUCCAUCUUGGGGCUGUGUGGUUCUCUGAGCUCUUUACCCAGCUGCAAGUCUCUGCCCAGUUUGAGGUCCACAGAGUGCCUGGUGAACAUUAGCGCAGAGCCAAGUCCUGCUCUCACACCCAGCUAGAACCACACGUACAGAACUAUAUUUUAAUUAGCAAAGUCAUCCAAAGACACAACAGACAAUAAUUUGGAAGUGGUAGCUCAGUGGUUAAGGCAUUGGGCUAGUGACCAAAAGUUUGAAUCUCAGUUUCACCAAGCUACUGCUGCUUGGCCCUUGAGCAAGGUCCUUAACCCUCAAUUGCUCAGUUGUAUAAAAAAUGAGAUAUAUGUCUCUCUGGAUAAGGGUGUUUGCCAAAUGCCAUAAAUGCCCAUGUUCAGUCUAAAUGCAGUAUGGCAACCUUACUUGUUGUCGUAUAUUCUGCAAAAUUAUUGGCAUGGGAUUUUACACUGACUCACCUCUUUUCUGCUAUUUACACUGUUCCCAUCCUCCUGUUUGACUGUUCUCGUGUCUCUGGGUGUCUUUGCCAUACACUUUCCCUUGACUGUGGACUAUGCACCAACUGCCUAACCACCUGACACGCACAUCUAGCUAAACAAUUUCACAUUUUCUCACCUAGUACUUGCCAUGUUUGUUUAUCCCUUUAAUUAAUCAGUGAGUCUUCUGCGAAAAAAGAAAAAAAAAAAACAUGCACAAGGAUAUCUUAAUGUAUGGUUAUAACAUUAUCUUACUAAGUGGUCAUAAAAAGAAACUAGAACAGCUGCCUUUUUCCUCUUUAAUCAAUUACAUUUAUAAUAAAACAAACUGCCAAAAGAUGGAAAUGUAACAGCAAUUACUGUGCCACGUAAAUCAAAGAUGCAUAUACAAAUAUGCAUACCUGUACUGUUACGGAUCAAUACAUAUAUAUAUAUAUAUAUAUAUAUAUAUAAUCUACUGCAAAUGAAACUGCCAGUUUCUUUUCAUUAGCUCACCAGAAUCUGUUCUUUCUCUAUUUAUGAACACUAGGAGGACUCAUUGGAUUAAAAGAGUCUAAUUAAAACCAUUGUUUGAGUGAUCUUGAGGUUGUCAUUAGACAAUUGUUCAGUCCUAAUUCCUAAUGUUUAUUUGUUUAAAUAUUGUAAAGUCAUGUUUAUGGCACCAGUGGAAACCCAGCUGUUCCUGUUCUAACUGCAAUAAAACAACUGCCUCUUUUGGACCCUUU